AUGACGAAGCGCACCCUCGAGCUUGUCGUGCCCGUGGCUCCCCAGCAUCGCCUGGACGAGGCGGCCGUGCUCAACUACCUCAAGCAGCACGUCAGGAACGUGCCGGCGAACGCCGACGCGCUGAAGAUUUCCCAGUUCGGCCACGGGCAGUCCAACCCCACGUACCUGCUGGAAGUGUCGUCCGCCCAUCAUGGCUCUCCUCCUGCCAGAUUCGUGCUCCGGAAGAAACCACCUGGUCACCUUCUCAAGUCCGCUCAUGCCGUGGAGCGAGAGUUCCAGGUGCUGGCAGCGCUGGGCUCACCUGCUGCAGGAGCAACUGUGCCCGUGCCAGCAGUGCACGCCCUCUGCACCGACCCCUCCGUUAUAGGCACACCCUUUUACAUCAUGGACUUCGUCCCUGGCCGCAUAUUCACCGACCCAUGCCUCCCUGAUAUACCGCCUGCCGCCCGCACGCAGAUCUACACCGCCAUGGCCGGCACCCUUGCCGCCCUGCACUCCGCCCGCCUGCCCCAGCUGCAAAAAGACGGGUUCGGCCGCCCGGACAGCUACUGCCGGCGGCAGGUGGAUCGGUGGGCCAAGCAGUACAAGGCAUCAGUUAAAUCCAUUGGCACGGAAUUUAGGGAGGAGGAUGCGAAAAUGAGGGGGCUGAUUGCGUGGCUGAGGGCGAAUGUGCCUGGGGAAGAUGCAGCAGCGGAGGGGGUGAUGAGGGGCGUGGUGCAUGGGGACUUUCGGCUGGAUAACCUCGUGUUUCACCCCACAGAGCCGCGGGUGGUGGCAGUGCUAGACUGGGAGCUGUCCACGCUGGGCAACCAGAUGUCUGACGUCGCCUACUGCUGCCUCCCGUACCACCUGCCGCCAUCUCAGCCGGGAGCCAUGCUGCCAUCCUUGGGCAUCACGCAGCUGCCCGGUGGGCCGCCAGCAGGGGCGCUACCAGCUGGCAUUCCCUCAGAGGCACAGUUCGUGCAUGCCUACUGCCAUGAGAUUCAGCGCCUGCAGGGCGUCAGCCUAUGGCCUGCUGACACCUGGCGCUUCUACGUGGCCCUUUCGCUUUUCCGCGGCGCUGCUAUCUUCACCGGAAUCUACCAACGAGCACUGCAGGGCAAUGCUUCAUCCAGCAGGGCUGGUCAGGCGGGUCGUCAGGUGGCCGGCCUCAUAGCAUGCGCCCUGCACGUGGUGCACUCGCCCCCCUCCAUUCCUGCCCUACCACCACAAAGCAGCAGCAGCAGCAGCAUCAGUGGUUCAAGCGGUGCAGUGGGCAGUGCAGGGGGUUGGGAUGGAUCCAGUGCGGUGCCAGUGUCGCCGUCCCAUCCAGUGGGGCUGGCGCCCAGCCCGCGAGCCGAGGCGCUGAGGAGGCGAGUGGCGGAGUUUGUAACGCAAGAGGUGCUGCCUAUAGAGGGGAUAUUGGAGGAGCAUGCGGUGAGCGAUGCGCGGUGGGCGAUUCACCCCCUGGUGGAGCAACUGAAGGCGAAGGCCAAGCAGGCUGGUCUUUGGAACCUGUGGAUUCCCGCUCUGGACGCGGGGGUGCCAGUGACGCCUGUGCUCCGCGAGUGUCAGAGCCGGGGGCUGCUGGGGGCGGGGCUAUCGAAUCUGGACUAUGCGCACGUGUGCAAGGAGAUGGGCAAGAGCGUGUGGGCGCCUGAGCUCUUCAACUGCUCCGCUCCCGACACAGGCAACAUGGAGGUUCUCUUGCGCUACGGCAACGAGCAGCAGCAGCGGGAGUGGCUGGUGCCUCUGCUGGAGGGCACGAUUCGUUCAUGCUUUGCCAUGAUGGAACCAAGAGUGGCUUCAAGUGACGCCACCAACAUUGAGGCGCGGAUAGAGAGUUCCGGAGACCACUACAUCUUACACGGCCACAAGUGGUGGGCCAGUGGAGCCAGCGACCCGCGCUGCCAGCUCGCCAUCUUCAUGGGCAAGCACCCCCAGCGAGCUGCUCCCUCCGGGCCCCACGCCUCGCCCGCACACAGGCAGCAGUCCAUGCUGCUCGUGCCCAUGAGUGCCCCUGGGGUGACGGUGGUGCGCCCGCUGCUGGUGUUUGGGUAUGAUGAUGCUCCACACGGGCACUCGGAGGUGCUCUUUGAAGGGGUCAAAGUUCCGAAGACGAGUGUGCUACUAGGCGAAGGACGUGGCUUCGAGAUAGCCCAGGGUCGGUUGGGCCCUGGGCGGCUGCACCACUGCAUGCGGCUCAUAGGAGCCACGGAACGAGCUAUGGACUGCAUGCUCCAACGCGCUCUCUCGCGGGUGGCGUUUGGGCGGCCGCUGGGCGGCAACGAGUCGGUGGUGCGGGAUACUGCCGAAUGCCGCAUCACGCUGGAGGCGGCACGGCUGCUGGUGCUGCAGGCGGCAGCUGAGUUGGAUGCCAAGGGGAACAAGGAAGCUCGGAUUGCUAUUGCCAUGGCCAAGGUGGCCGCCCCCCGGGCAGCGCAGAAAGUUUUGGACAGGGCGAUCCAGGUGCACGGGGGCGGGGGAGUGAGCUCGGACUUCCCUCUUGCCCGCCUGUGGACCGCAGCCCGCACUCUGCGCAUCGCUGACGGUCCAGACGAGGUGCAUCUGGCUUCCAUUGGGAAGAAGGAGCUGCGGGACUGGCAGAGGAAGAUGAUGGUGAGGGAUGGGAGGUCGGGUGGGAGUGGGAGAGGAGCUUCAGCUCGGUUGUAG